AUGGUUCAGAUCAGCGAGGUUAAGGGAAACAGUCGCGAGAACCGCACGGCUGCCCACACCCACAUUAAGGGCCUCGGUCUGAAGCAAGAUGGUACGGCAGAGCCGCAGGCCGCGGGAUUUGUUGGUCAGGUAACGGCACGAGAGGCAUCCGGUGUCGUAGUUGACCUCAUUCGCGCGCACAAGAUGGCCGGUCGUGGUGUUUUGCUAGCAGGCGGACCAGGCACAGGAAAGACGGCUCUUGCGCUUGCUAUUAGCCAAGAGCUCGGAACGAAGAUUCCCUUCUGCCCGAUCGUCGGUAGCGAAAUCUACUCGACAGAAGUGAAGAAGACCGAAGUGUUGAUGGAGAACUUCCGCCGCGCGAUCGGCCUCAAGGUCCGGGAAACAAAGGAGGUGUAUGAGGGUGAGGUCACAGAGCUCACUCCUGAGGAGGCCGAGAACCCUCUGGGCGGAUAUGGCAAGACCAUCAGCACACUCCUGAUCGGCCUGAAAAGUGCAAAGGGACAGAAAAAACUGCGGUUAGACCCGAGCAUAUACGAGGCCAUUCAGAAGGAGAGAGUGUCUGUGGGAGAUGUUAUCUACAUCGAGGCGAACACGGGCGCCUGCAAGCGUGUGGGAAGAUCAGACGCCUACGCAACCGAAUUCGACCUUGAAGCUGAGGAGUACGUCCCCAUCCCGAAGGGUGAGGUACACAAGAAGAAGGAGAUUGUGCAGGAUGUGACUCUGCACGACCUCGACGUUGCCAAUUCUCGGCCUCAGGGAGGACAGGACAUUAUGAGCAUGAUGGGCCAGCUGAUGAAACCCAAGAUGACCGAGAUCACAGACAAGCUGCGCGGAGAGAUUAACAAGGUGGUAAGCAAGUACAUCGACCAGGGCGUCGCUGAGCUCGUUCCUGGUGUACUUUUCAUCGAUGAGGCACACAUGCUUGAUGUCGAAUGUUUCACGUACCUCAACCGGGCCCUGGAAUCGUCCAUCUCUCCGAUUGUCGUCCUGGCAUCGAACAGAGGAAUGGCUACUAUUCGUGGAACGGAUGACAUUGUCGCGGCACACGGCAUUCCUACCGAUUUUCUGGCUCGCCUGCUCAUCAUUCCCACGACGCCCUAUCAAUCAGACGAGAUCAAGCGGAUUGUUCGCAUCAGAGCUACGACGGAGGGUGUGCCUAUCACCGAUGCCGCCCUGGAUAAAAUUGCGGAACAUGGCGUCCGUAUCAGCUUGCGGUACUGCCUGCAACUGUUGACACCCGCCAGGUGA